AGAGCAAACAGAGCAAACAAAGUCUGAGGGAAACUUCACUCUCAAGUAGAACUGACAGAAGGUACAAGGACUGGAGGGCAGGGAUCUUCUGUAAGACAUACCUGCCUCAGGAUUCCCAAUUGAACUGCAAAUCUCUAACAACUUGUAGGAGUUUAGCCCAGACUUGUUGGACAUACCUCAUCCUGAUGGCAAAUGAGAGACUGGUUCAGCUCCAGACUGUCAGGCUGCUGCUGCAGUCUUCUUGAACCCCACAGAAGGAUGUUGGCCUGCAAAGCAUGCUCAGUUCUAAUUCAGAUCAAGCAGAUGGAGCUGUGGAAGUUACCUGUCUUCUGCUGCUCUGCUGAUCCAGCAUCUCAGUUGCCAUAGAGACAAGAUCUGGAAGCCAUGGAUGGGAGAGAAGCUGCCAGCAGGCUCUCUACCAGUGGUCCCUGGCAGGACAUUUCUCAGCAGGUACUGAGAGAGUCGCGUUCAGUCUCUGAAGGUGAAGAAGAGCCAGAAGAUGCUCACCUGGUGACCCAGGAGAGGGACUCACACACAGAGUACAUUGCCAUUCAGAGAAAUUCCAGGUACUACCGGUCCAUGAGGCUGCCAAAGAGAGAGAGAAGAAAGACUUCAAGAGAGACAAUGCACAUGGGGCGUGCUACAGGUUCACUCAAAAACAAUGAGCCCACCCAAAAGUCUCUGAACCUUUUAUCCCAUAAGGCUUCACCCUCUGUGGAGAGCUCUGGCAGAGCCACAUUGGAGGAGCUCUGGAUCCAAAGGCUGCUGCCUUCCUACCCCCGUUACCGUGGCAACCUCCCGGACUGCCCCAGCCCCGCGCCGCCGCUGCCGCCGCUGCCGCCAGAGCUGCUCGGCAGCCGCCUGCCGCCGCCGGCCAUGGAGCUGCUGGCCGCGGCCCUCAGCGCCGCCUGCGCCCUCGAACAGGACGGAUCGGCGGGACAGCCCGGCAGGGAGCCUGCCGCGACCGCUGAGGAGAGCCCCGCAGCCGGGACAACGCCUACCGCCCACCCCAUGACGGCCGACUCCUGGAGGAACCUCAUCGAGCACAUCGGGCUCUUGUACCAGGAAUAUAGAGAUAAAUCUACACGCGAGGAGAUUGAAACCAGAAGACUGCAGGAUUCCAGACAAGACCCCGAAGAGAGUUCACCCAGUGAGGAAACCUCAUCCGAAGCAGAACCUUCAAGUACCACUGAAAGCAAAGCUCCUCCACAAAUCAGUCUGCUGAGGAACUCCAACUCCAGGUUCAACUUAUGGCAGGAUCUUCCCGAGAUCCGGAGCAGCGGCGUCCUCAGCAUCCUCCAGCCAGAUGAGAUCAAGCUGCAGGAGGCCAUGUUUGAGCUGGUUACUUCCGAAGCCUCGUAUUACAAGAGUCUGAAUCUGCUGGUGUCUCACUUCAUGGAGAAUGAACGUCUGAAGAAGAUCUUACACCAGUCUGAGGCACACAUCCUCUUCUCCAACGUCCUGGAUGUUAUGGCUGUCAUGCUGGGUUUCUCCUCUAGCUUCCUGAUGGACCUGGAACAGCGGGUGGAGGAGAAUAUUGUCAUCUCGGAUGUGUGUGAUAUUGUCUACCAACAUACAGUUAAUCACUUCUCUGUCUACAUCACCUAUGUCUCCAACCAGACCUACCAGGAGAGAGCUUACAAGCAGCUUCUCCAGGACAAGCCAGCUUUUCGGGAGGUGAUCUCUCAGCUGGAGCUGGAUCCCAAGUGCAAGGGCCUGUCCUUUUCUUCUUUCCUGAUUCUGCCCUUUCAAAGGAUCACUCGGCUCAAGCUGUUGGUGCAGAAUAUUUUGAAGAAAGUGGAAGAGAAGUCUGACAGGGAAAGCACUGCCCUCGAUGCCCAUAAAGAACUGGAAACAGUGGUGAAAGCAUGUAAUGAAGGUGUCAGGAAGAUGAGCCGAACAGAGCAGAUGAUCAGCAUCCAGAAGAAACUGGAAUUCAAGAUCAAGUCUGUGCCCAUCAUCUCUCACUCCCGCUGGCUGCUGAAGCAGGGGGAAUUGCAGCAAAUGAAUGGUCCAAAGACAUCACGAACACUUCGCACUAAGAAACUCUUCAGAGAAAUCUACUUGUUCCUUUUCAAUGACCUGCUGGUACUUUGCCGGCAAAUUCCUGGAGACAAGUACCAAGUGUUCGACUCAGCUCCCCGGGGACUUCUUCGGGUAGAGGAGCUGGAAGAUCAGGGGCAGAGUUUGGCCAACGUCUUCAUCCUGAGGCUGCUGGAGAAUGCUGAUGACCGGGAGGCCAGCUACAUGCUGAAGGCAUCGUCCCAGAGUGAAAUGAAGCGCUGGAUGAUUUCACUGGCCCCAAACCGGAGAACCAAGUUUGUUUCAUUUACAUCCAGACUUGUUGACUGCCCACAGAUGCAGUGCGUCCACCCCUACGUGGCCCAGCAGCCGGAUGAGCUGUCCUUAGAGCUGGCUGAUGUCCUCAACAUCCUGGACAAGACAGAUGAUGGCUGGAUAUUUGGGGAGCGUCUUCAUGACCAGGAGAGGGGCUGGUUCCCCAGUUCUAUUGGGGAGGAGAUCCUGAACCCCAAAAUUCGAGCCCAGAACUUGAAGGAGUGUUUUCGGGUGCACAAGUCAGAUGACAGUCAGCGGAGGAAACUCGGCAGCAGAAACCGCCAGUGACCCCCAGUGUCCCCAAGCAUCCGGAGUGGCUCUGGGAGCAGGGCAGAGGACAGAGGCUGCCAGCAGGGAGGAUGUGGUGGUGGUGGUGGUGCCAUGAGACAUGGAGCAGGACUUAGUGUGCUGGAGCAGGCACACAUGCCCCCGCACCAACAGACUGCAGUUCCCGGGCUCCCCGCAGCAUUGAGCCUUUCCUGGAGAUCAUUGGGUCGAACUGGUUCCAAUAACCCUUUCCAGGAGCUCUGUAAAGGCCCAAAGUGCACACACCAAAUGGACACGGCCCAAAGGCCACCAGGUGUCUGCUGACCCCUGCUCCCCCGGGGCUGGGUCAGGUCUCUUGGGAAGGGCACGUGGCCACAAACAUAAUGAAGCAAUUAACACCACCCAGGUCAAGCACCUGCAGCUCAUUGCACCUUUCGAGUUCAGGGGUCUCCUAAGGCUUUCUGUUUCUGCCCCUGUGUGAUGCCCAGGAGCCAUCUUGCCACCUCUCACAUGGCCUAUUGGUACCAGGCUGGGACUAGCGCCAGGAAUCCCACCUCCACAGCUCUGCUGGGCCCAUUCCCAUUGCAAGAUCCUCAGUCUAUUCCCAGUCAAAUGCUCCAAAACACUCCGUGCCCAGCCCUGCUCCACCAGCAGCACAGCAUCGCCGGCCUGACCCACAUCUCUGCCUGCUUGAUAGCUUUGGAGUGCAGCAUCCACCUGCAGAGCCUGCCACUGCCACCUGCCUGGGACAUACAGCUCUGCCCCUUCUCAUCCACAGCAGCUCCACCAGGCCCGGGCUGCCACACAGCCCCUCAGAGGUGAUACCCAGGAGCUGUUGUCUCGCCAUGGCUGCCCGCAUGCUUGUGACCCACACCACCCAGUUGCCCAUGCCCUGUACAGCCCUGCUGCCCCUCCCCACGUGUACAGAAGCCCCGGGUGGCAGUGGGGCCGCUCUCCUCCCAGAUGCGGCGCUGCGCAUUGUGUGGAGCUCCGGGCACAGCACUGACGCCCGUGCAGCCUGUCGGCAGCCUGGCCCUGCACCCUCCCAAUCGUGGCCACAGCCAAGGCCUCCCGGCUGCAGGCUGCCCCCCACGGCCAGAGCCCACCAGGGAGGUCAGUUACCUGGCACCUUUCCUUAGCACUGCAGAGGAGUUUCUCGGUCACCGCAGCACUCCCUGGUGGUGCCGGGGUUGUGCUGGAAAAGGGAGGGACAGAGAACAGCUGCCUGCCAAGGAGGCAGCUCCAGAACAAGGAGUACGACCACGCCUUGACGGGCUGGGGAGCUACUGGAGGGGGCUCCAGAGCCCGUCUUGGGGCUCUCCAUUCUCUCCCCACAGCUCCAGGGCAGCCCCCCGGACCAAACAGAGGGCAAAGGGGUUGCCCCCCUGCCCCAAGCCCAGUGCUCCCACAUUAGCACAGGGACUGCACUUUCCCCAGCCCCCUUUAGCACCCCAGGGAGGGCCCUGAGGCAGCAGCCAGAGGCUCCUGGCCCCUGCCAGCACACAGCCCAGAGCUGAGGCUGGGAAAUUUCUCAGCCCCCAGCUGGUGCAUAGCACAUUCACUGGGGUCACGCCAUGCUAGAUCCCCCCAAAAGCCCUUCACAGACAGCCUUCUGAGCAUACCCAAACCUCCAGCUCAGGGUACAGACCUUGCAGCAGGCACCAGUUCUCCAGUGCAAACACCAAGGGAGGUUCAGCUCUUGGAAGCCCCUAAAAUUGCCUGAAAUUGGCACAUCCCAGAUCUCCCACUUCACAACCCAGCCCACCCCACAGGCACCUGCCCGGGAUGUCAUUCACAGUGCAGAAAUGCUCCCUUACCUGUCAGAAAUAUCUUUCACUAGUGGAGGUACUGUCCCAGGCUCCUAAGUUCCUCACUGCAUUUUUAUGUGGGGGGAGAGGGGCCCAGGGUUGCCACAAACUAUCCCAUGCCCCACUGCCAAGCCCCAGGACUCUCCCCAGCCUCUCUUGCUCUGUUGUGACUUUCUAGGACUGCGCACCCCAGGUACAGGCUGUGCCAUUUUCAGGCACCAAGUGGCAUCCAGUGUUAUUCCCUCAGCCCCAGCCCUGCACGCCUCCAUCUCAGUGGUCUCCAGUGUUGUACAGGGCCAGGCCUGGGGCCCACAGGCGCAGCUGGACCCCCCUUCCUCCCCCCCCAAGGGGCUGCCUCAGCAAACUGAGGGGGAACUUCUUGUCUCGUUUUUCUGUGUGAUAAAAUACAGCUGAGUGCAA